AUGGAUUAAUUUUAGACAUGUGAAGGCAAGCUCUUGUUUAUAACUUAUUAUUUAUAUAAAUCUAAUCGGAUUGGAAUAGAGUAAAAAAGUGAAAUAAAAGGUGACAUAUAUAAUUAAUUCACAGAUAUGCUUAUAGCAAAAGAUUUUAGAAUAUAACAAGUGAUGUAAGAAAUAAAGAAUGAAACCAAUGUACAGAAAAUUGAAAGAAUGCUAGAAAACAUUAAUGUACUAUAUAUUAAUAAACGAUAGCCAGAGGAACAUAGUCCCAGAGACAUAGAUGACAAUUUGAGUCAUACGUAUAAGUAAAAAAGACCUAAGCUCUUUAAAUUCUAAAAAUCAAAUUUCUCGAAAUUCAUAGAAGCAAAAGCAAAUGAAGAUACUGAUACUUUCUCUUCAAACAAACAAUUAGAGUUUAGACAGCGAUUAUAUUCAUUAGCAGCAGAUUCUUGUUGA